AUGGCGCAGACCAAUGGGGAUAAGGAGCUCUCGAAAGAGGCUCCCGAAACUUCGCAAGAGCUAGUGAACGGAAACCCAGAGGAGGAAGAUCCCAAUGCAGGUGGUCUCUUUCAGAUCUCCGUGAAGCUUCCUCAUGCGCCACACAAGAUCCAGGUCAUGGUGGCGAGCCAAGAGCAAGUCCAGGAUGUCCGUCAAUCGAUCGUCGAGCUACCCGGCACUUUCCAAUACACAUGCUUCCACCUGGAAUUCAACGGCAACCGCAUCAAUGACUUCGUCGAGUUGUCCGAGGUGCCGGAUCUGAAGGCCGACUCGGAGAUCGUGCUGGUGGAGGAUCCCUAUACCGAGAAGGAGGCCCGGAUGCACAUUGUUCGCACGAGGGAACUACUCGGCGCCGCUGGAGACCGUGUGGACAACCUCCACGGUAUUUCCGCGGGUCUGUCGCUGCACGACGCCAUCUCGGCGGAGGCGGCUACUGCCGGGGCAUCGGAAAAGGACCACACGCUCUCUAACUACGACCUGACGGGCGCCUCGUCCCUGCAGACCAUUCUUCCCAAGCCACAGGAUCCUCUGCCCAAAACGGUGAAGUCAAUCUCGCUCUCCCCGUGGAAUCCGCCUCCGUACCAUCUGCGUCAGAAGGGCCACCUGCUCUAUUUCCAGGUCACCACCAACGAAGGAGAGCAGUUCCAGAUCACAUCCCAUGUGUCGGGCUUCUUUGUGAACAAGUGCUCGAACCACAAGUUCGACCCAUUCCCGCGGGCUAUGCCCAAGAAAGAGGGCAGCGCGCAUUCACUCCUCACUUUGAUCUCUCAACUCUCGCCCUCGUUUAGCACUGCCUUUGAGGCUCUGCAGGAGUACAACAAUCAGAAGGAUCUCCUGACGACUUUCCCAUUCCAGAAUGCCAUUCCUAACAGCCCAUGGCUCGUCUCACCGGCCUCUUCGAGCCUGAACGCGCACCAGGCUGACAUCACCCGAUCACAGGAGAGCUAUCUGGUUUCUGGCGUUGAUAACGCCGAGACGCUGCGAGACUGGAACGAGGAAUUCCAAACCACCCGCGAACUGCCCCGCGACACUGUUCACGACCGCGUGUUCCGGGAACGUUUGACCUCCAAGCUUUUUGCCGACUAUAAUGAGGCUGCCGCUCGCGGUGCCGUGCUGGUCGCACGGGGCGAGGUUGCGCCUCUGAACCCAACCGAGGCACGCGACGCCCAGAUUUUUGUGUACAACAACAUCUUCUAUUCGUUCGGAGCUGACGGAGUUGGCACAUUCACCUCCGAGGGCGGCGACGAGGCCGCGCGUGUGGCCGUUGGAAAGGACGUCCUGGGUAUCAAGGCAGUGAACCAGCUCGAUAUCCAAGGGCUGUUCACCCCGGGUACUGUGGUGGUCGAUUAUCUAGGCAAGCGCAUUGUUGGCCAGAGCAUUGUCCCUGGUAUCUUCAAGCAGCGCGAGCCUGGAGAGCACCAGAUCGAUUACGGCGGUGUUGAGGGUAAGGACGUCGUUGCCACCCACGCCGACUUUGUGCCCGUGUUUGAGAAGUUGUCGAAGGCGCUCCGGAUCAAGAGCCACCCGGUCUGGGAUAAGGAUAACAAGCGUCACGAUCUGGAAGGUAGUGUCGAGACCAAGGGUCUCCUGGGUACCGAUGGACGGAAAUACGUCCUUGACCUGUACCGUGUGGCUCCCCUGGAUGCGGUAUGGCAGGAAGAGAAUGGCAGCGAGGCCUAUCCUCACCGCAUGUCUGUUCUGCGAUUGGAACUGGUUGAGGCGUAUUGGAGACACAAGAUGAGCCAGUACGUCAAGGCCGAGGUUGAACGCCGCCGGAGUGAGAAGGCCCAGGAGAAGGAGGACAAGACCGAGGAGGACUCGGAAGAGAAGAAGAACGAGGAGGCUGCGGAGCAGGAGAAGGUCGACAUCUCUGGGUUCAACCUCGCCCUCAACCCUGACGUUUACAGUGGCCAGGUCCCCCAGACUCCGGAAGAAAAAGAGCAGUGGGCCCAGGACGAGAAGGACGUGCGAGAGGCCUGUGAUCACCUGCGAUCCAAGGUCAUGCCUGAUCUGGUCCAAGACCUUCACGACGGCGAUGUGGGCUUCCCCAUGGACGGCCAGUCCUUGACUCAGCUGCUGCACAAGCGCGGUAUCAAUGUCCGCUACCUCGGCAAGCUGGCUCAGAUGUCUACGGAGAAGGGUCCUCGGCUGCAGGCCUUGUCGACGCUGCUGGUUCAGGAGAUGGUUGUUCGUGCCUUCAAGCAUGUUACCAACAAGUAUCUCCGCAAUCUUCCCGACGCGUUUGUGGCGCCCUGCCUUGCCCACCUGCUGAACUGUCUGCUGGGUACCGAUGUUAACGCUGCUCCUCGCCCGGAGAUCGACAACUCCCUGAAGAAGAUCUUCCCCGAGGCUGACUUCUCGUUUGAGAAGGUCACCCCGGAGUCGCUCCGUGCUGAGAUCGAGAAGCAGGUCACCAUCCGGUACCGCUUCUCCCUGGAGAAAGGAUGGGCCAAUUCACUCCGACACCUCCAGCUCCUGCGUGAUAUUUCCCUCAAGCUUGGUGUCCAGCUAGGUGCCCGUGAUUUUGUUUUCACCAAGGCUCAGGUGAAGGAACAGGCUCCUACCACCCAUACCGCUAACGGAAACGGCUCCGACGACGGCAAGAAGAAGAAAAAGAAGGGUGGUGAGACCAGCUCUCCAAGCCGUGCUGCCGUAGAUAACAAGCCCACAUCGACCUUCACCUCUGACGAUAUUCUCAAUGUCGUGCCCCUGAACCAGAAGCAGCUGGGCCAGGAGCUCAUUUUGGAAUCUCUGUCGCUGCACGAGCAGAUCUAUGGUAUCCUCCACCCAGAGGUUGCCAAGCUGUACCACCAACUCUCCAUGCUCUACUACCAGACCGACGAGAAGGAGGCGGCCGUGGAACUGGCUCGCAAGGCGGUCAUUGUCACCGAGCGCACACUGGGUGUGGACUCAGCCGAUACCAUUCUCGCCUACCUGAACCUGAGUCUGUUCGAGCAUGCUUCCGGUAACACCCAGACUGCGCUAGUGUACAUCAAGCACGCUAUGGAUCUCUGGAAGAUCAUCUACGGUGCCAGCCACCCCGACUCCAUCACGACCAUGAACAACGCGGCCGUGAUGCUGCAGCAUCUCAAGCAGUACUCUGAUUCCCGCAAGUGGUUCGAGGCUUCGCUGUCAGUCUGCGAGGACCUCUUUGGCAAGCAGUCCAUCAACACCGCCACUAUCCUCUUCCAGCUGGCACAAGCUCUGGCCCUGGACCAGGACUCCAAGGCGGCCGUCGGCAAGAUGCGCGACGCAUACAACAUCUUCCUUGCCCAGCUAGGCCCCAACGACCGCAACACCAAGGAGGCCGAGACCUGGCUUGAGCAGCUUACGCAGAACGCCGUCUCCAUCGCCAAACACGCCAAGGACAUUCAGGCUCGCCGCCUGCGCCGUAUCAACAUGAACCCUCGCGUCUCUUCCAUGGGCACCCGCGUCCAGCCCCAGGUCGGCCAGACCGCACCCGAGACCGCCGGCACCGUCGAUGCCUCCGGGACCAGCUGGGACUCGCGCAGCGUCGACGAGCUGCUGAAGUUCAUUGAGGGCGGUGACACCGGCUCUUCGCGCUCGAAGCAGUCGAAGCGCGCUGCUACGAGCAACCCCAAGCUCCGCGGAAAGCAGAAGCAGACUCCCAAGGCAUGA